UUCAACACAGCAAAACAAUAGCAUUCAGUAACAUAAAAAUUCCAAGGGCUCUUUCCAAUCUAGCAUCUUAGAGCAAAAGGAUGAUUACUGCCAAGAAGCUCAUCAAAUUGGCAAGGAAAUGGCAAAAAAUGGCUGCCAUGAGGCGACAAAGAAUCUCAUUUCCAAGAACCACUGGAGAGGUUGAUGCGGAUAGUUGCAGCACAUCAUCAACGGCAGAGAAGGGUCACUUUGUUGUCUAUACUGCUGAUCAGAAACGCUUUGCGCUUCCUCUAGAAUAUCUGAAGAAUGAAAUUGUCAGAGUGCUGUUCGAAUUGGCAGAACAAGAAUUUGGACUGCCAGGCAAUGGACCUCUCAUGUUGCCUUGUGAUGCAGUCUUCAUGGAGUAUGUAACUUCUUUGAUCAAAAAACAUGCCAACAAAGAUGUGCAAAGAGCAGUACUCCUGUCCAUGACGACUAGCAGCCGCUGCUCAUCAUCUCUAUGGCUACAUCAGCAGGAAACAAGUCAACAAUUACCAAUCUGCAGUUUCUAAAGCAAAAUAUGCAUCCUUGAUAUUGUAGAUGUUCCAUAUCUUUGUACAUAGGGAAACGUAAUGAAAAAGGUUAUUUUCC